CCUGAGCUCCGUGAUGUCAUUCUUGCCAUGAGCAGUGCGUGCAGAAAACACAAAGCCUCGCAUUUCCUGAUGUCUCAACUCCGCAUGAGCGGGCAGAUUUCCGUUCAUGCAGGCAGCCAGCCUGUCCAGGCCCAGGCUCAGAAUUUCUACCUUCAUGUUGGAGAUCACAAGGUGAGGAUGACGGAGGUGAAGACAGAGCUGGAGAAGGGCUUCGAUGUGUACAUUCCUGAGACCAGUGUUGAGGAAGUCUUGGAUGUGAUGGCGUCAGCAUGCACUGACCUAGCAGAGUUGCCUGAGCUCCGUGAUGUCAUUCUCGCCGUUAGCGGCACGUGCAGGAGGCACAAAGCCUCGCAGUUCCUGAUGUCUCAACUCCGCAUGAGCGGGCAAAUUUCCAUCCACGCAGGCAGCCAGCCUGUCCAGGCCAAGGCUCAGAAUUUCUACCUCCAUGUUGGAGAUCACAAGGUGAGGAUGACGGAGGUGAAGACAGAGCUGGAGAAGGGCUUCGAUGUGUACAUUCCUGAGACCAGUGUUGAGGAAGUCUGGGAGGUGAUGGCGUCAGCGUGCACUGACCCAGCAGAGUUGCCUGAGCUCCGUGAUGUCAUUCUCGCCGUGAACGGGACGUGCAGGAGGCACAAAGCCUCGCAGUUCCUGAUGUCUCAACUCCGCAUGAGCGGGCAGAUUUCCAUCCACGCAGGCAGCCAGCCUGUCCAGGCCAAGGCUCAGAAUUUCUACUUUCAUGUUGGAGAUCACAAGGUGAGGAUGACGGAGGUGAAGACAGAGCUGGAGAAGGGCUUCGAUGUGUACAUUCCUGAGACCAGUGUUGAGGAAGUCUUGGAUGUGAUGGCGUCAGCAUGCACUGACCUAGCAGAGUUGCCUGAGCUCCGUGAUGUCAUUCUCGCCGUGAGCGGCACGUGCAGGAGGCACAAAGCCUCGCAGUUCCUGAUGUCUCAACUCCGCAUGAGCGGGCAAAUUUCCAUCCACGCAGGCAGCCAGCCUGUCCAGGCCAAGGCUCAGAAUUUCUACCUCCAUGUUGGAGAUCACAAGGUGAGGAUGACGGAGGUGAAGACAGAGCUGGAGAAG